AUGUGCGACCGGACAGUUAAAUAACACAUAUUUCCAAUUAGUUUUCAAAAAAGAAACAAUAGUGUUUUACUUUUAUAAAUUCGACAAAAGUUCGUGUUGUAAGUCAUAGAUCAAAAUGAGCGUGCGUGCUUUUGGAGGACUUCUAAAGUCUCGUCAAGUAAUUCGCUUGGCCAGCGUUUGCCGGCAAACAAAUCGCACUCUGAGUUGGACUCGAGCGGCUCCUCUCUUGGUGCAACAAAAGACAGCUCUACCGAAGCGGCAUUUGGCCACUGCAGCAGAAAGUUCGAAGACGGUCGAUAAGCACGAGUUCCAAGCGGAAACCCGUCAAUUGCUGGACAUUGUAGCACGUUCCCUCUACUCGGAUCACGAGGUAUUUGUACGCGAGUUGAUCUCGAACGCUAGCGAUGCCCUGGAAAAGUUCCGCUACACAUCUCUCAGCACCACAGCCGAAUCGGAAUUAGCCGCCAAGGAUCGUCCGCUUGAGAUACGGAUUACCACAGACAAGCCGCAGAUGCAGCUGAUCAUUCAGGACACUGGUAUUGGCAUGACACGCGAGGAGCUGGUCAGCAAUCUGGGCACCAUUGCGCGCAGUGGCUCCAAGCAGUUUCUGGAGCAGCUGAAGAAUGAUCCAAGUAAGGCAAAGGACUCGGGAUCCAAUAUUAUUGGCCAGUUUGGCGUGGGCUUCUACUCCUCGUUCAUAGUGGCCCAACGUGUCGAGGUGUUUACGCGAGCCGCUGAUCCCAAGGCGCCCGGUUUGCGCUGGUCCACAGACGGCAGUGGCAGCUAUGAGAUCGAGGAGGUGGCGGACGUGGAGCAUGGCACCAAGAUUGUGCUGCAUCUGAAGACCGAGUGCCGUGAGUAUGCGGAUGAGGAUCGCAUUCGUGCUGUCAUCAAGAAGUACAGCAACUUUGUGGGCUCUCCCAUUCUGCUGAACGGCAAGCAGGCGAAUGAGAUUAAGCCGUUGUGGCUGAUGGAUCCACAGAGCACCACCAAGGAGCAGCACCAGGACUUCUACCGCUUCAUCAGCAACAGCUUCGACACGCCUCGCUUCACGCUUCACUACAACGCUGACGUUCCGCUGAGCAUCCAUGCGCUGCUCUACUUCCCCGAGGGCAAACCGGGACUCUUUGAAAUGUCGCGUGACGGCAGCACUGGCGUCGCUUUGUACACGCGUAAGGUGCUCAUUCAGUCGAAGACUGAGCAUCUGUUGCCCAAGUGGCUGCGCUUUGUCAAGGGCGUCGUAGACUCUGAGGAUAUACCCUUGAAUUUAAGCCGAGAGCUGCUGCAGAACAACAAUCUCAUUCGCAAGCUGUCCAGCGUGAUCUCGAGUCGUGUCAUUCGCUUUCUGCAGGAACGAGCCAAGAAGCAGCCAGAGGAAUAUGAGGCAUUUUAUCGCGACUACGGUCUUUUCCUUAAGGAAGGUAUUGUCACCUCCAACGAUCCGGCCGAGAAGGAGGAGAUUGCCAAGCUGUUGCGUUUCGAGUCCUCCAAGUCGGAGACAGGUCGCAUUUCACUCGAGGAGUACUACAAAGAGGUGGGCGACGACCACAAGGACAUCUACUACCUGGCUGCACCGAAUCGAGUGCUAGCUGAGGCAUCGCCAUACUACGAGAACCUUAAGAAGCGCAACGAGCUGGUUCUCUUCUGCUACGAACCCUACGAUGAACUGGUCCUCAUGCAGUUGGGUCAGUUCAAGAGCAAGAAGCUCGUGUCAGUUGAGAAAGAGAUGCGCAACGAGUCCAAGGAUCCAGCUGCACUCGAAGACUUUGGCCAGGGCAGCUUGCUGCGUUCCGAGUUGGAUAGCCUAAUACCCUGGCUGCAGGAUCAGCUUAAGGGUCAGGUGGCGAAGGUAAAGGCCACCACACGUCUGGAUACACAUCCGUGUGUCAUCACCGUCGAGGAGAUGGCUGCAGCUCGGCAUUUCAUACGCACUCAGAGUCAUCAAGUGCCCGAAGAGAAUCGUUUUGCUCUGUUGCAACCCGAGCUAGAAAUCAAUCCCAAGCAUCCCAUUAUCAAGAAACUGAACGCCUUGCGCGAGAGCGAACCCGAAUUGGCACUAUUAAUCACCAAGCAGCUGUUCGCCAAUGCCAUGGUGGGCGCAGGACUUGCGGAAGAUCCUCGUAUGCUGCUGACCAACAUGAACAGCUUAUUGACAAAAGCUUUAGAGAAAUAUUAAGCACAGAGUGUGUUAUUUCCAAAUUUAUAGAGAUCCAUAUAUAUGUAAUAAUAUUAAUAGUUAAAAUGUAACAAUUACCAAAUACACGA